CCCGGCGCAGCUGGGCUGGCGGUUCCCACAGCCCAGGAGUCCGACGUGCGCAGAAUCGCUCUCGGAGCUCCUUUACCACAGAUCUCUCAUCCUCCUCCCGGGCCGGGCCGCCCCCAGUGCGGCCCCCGCGGCUCCUGGCACGGCCCCGCGCUCGGCUACCGCCCUGGCGCGCGCCACUCUGUCGUCCCCGGAGGGGCGCGGGCCGGCUCGACCCGGGCGCCGGCGGCUGGGGAGGGGGCGCUGGCCCCGGGGCCGCGCAUGCGCCGCCACCAGUCUGGGGCUGUCAGUGGAGGGCGACUGCUGGCUCCGAGGGGAGGCGACGCCCUUCGGGGCCAACGGGCCGCGCUCUGAGGCGGCCGUGGGAACGACUCAUCCCUUUUCCAGCCCUGGGGCGGGGCUGGGGUCGGGGUCGGGGCUGGUGGGGGCCCCGCCCCCAUCUCCCGGCCUACCCCCUUCAUGGGCCGAGAUGAUGGCGGCCCUGUAUCCGAGCACGGAUCUCUCGGGCGCCUCCUCCUCCUCCCUACCUUCUUCCCCAUCCUCCUCUUCGUCGCCGAACGAGGUGAUGGCGCUGAAGGAUGUGCGGGAGGUGAAGGAGGAGAACACCCUGAAUGAGAAGCUUUUCUUGCUGGCGUGCGACAAGGGUGACUAUUAUAUGGUUAAAAAGAUUUUGGAGGAAAACAGUUCAGGUGACUUGAACAUAAAUUGCGUAGAUGUGCUUGGGAGAAAUGCUGUUACCAUAACUAUUGAAAACGAAAACUUGGAUAUACUGCAGCUUCUUUUGGACUACGGUUGUCAGUCCGCAGAUGCACUUUUGGUGGCAAUCGACUCUGAAGUAGUGGGAGCUGUUGAUAUACUACUUAAUCAUCGACCAAAACGAUCAUCAAGACCAACUAUAGUAAAACUAAUGGAACGAAUUCAGAAUCCUGAGUAUUCAACAACUAUGGAUGUUGCACCUGUCAUUUUGGCUGCUCAUCGUAACAACUAUGAAAUUCUUACAAUGCUGUUAAAACAGGAUGUGUCUCUACCCAAGCCCCAUGCAGUUGGCUGUGAAUGCACGUUGUGUUCUGCAAAAAACAAAAAAGAUAGCCUCCGACAUUCCAGGUUUCGUCUUGAUAUAUAUCGCUGUUUGGCCAGUCCAGCUCUAAUAAUGUUAACGGAGGAGGAUCCAAUUCUGAGAGCAUUUGAACUUAGUGCUGAUUUAAAAGAAUUAAGUCUUGUGGAGGUGGAAUUCAGGAAUGAUUAUGAGGAACUAGCCCGACAAUGUAAAAUGUUUGCUAAAGAUUUGCUUGCACAAGCACGGAAUUCACGAGAAUUGGAAGUUAUCCUAAACCAUACAUCUAGUGAUGAGCCUCUUGACAAACGGGGAUUACUAGAAGAAAGAAUGAAUUUAAGUCGUCUAAAACUUGCUAUCAAAUAUAACCAAAAGGAGUUUGUCUCACAGUCUAACUGCCAGCAGUUCCUGAACACUGUUUGGUUUGGACAGAUGUCAGGUUACCGACGUAAGCCCACCUGUAAGAAGAUAAUGACAGUUUUGACAGUUGGCAUCUUUUGGCCAGUUUUGUCACUUUGUUAUUUGAUAGCUCCCAAAUCUCAGUUUGGCAGAAUCAUUCACACUCCUUUUAUGAAAUUUAUUAUUCAUGGAGCAUCAUAUUUCACGUUCCUGCUGUUACUAAACCUCUACUCUCUUGUCUACAAUGAGGAUAAGAAAAACACAAUGGGGCCAGCCCUUGAAAGAAUAGACUAUCUACUUAUACUGUGGAUUAUUGGGAUGAUUUGGUCAGACAUUAAAAGACUCUGGUAUGAAGGGUUAGAAGACUUUUUGGAAGAAUCCCGUAAUCAACUCAGUUUUGUCAUGAAUUCACUUUAUUUGGCAACUUUUGCCCUCAAAGUGGUUGCUCACAAUAAGUUUCAUGAUUUUGCUGAUCGGAAGGACUGGGACGCAUUCCAUCCCACUCUGGUGGCAGAAGGGCUUUUUGCAUUUGCAAACGUUCUAAGUUAUCUUCGUCUCUUUUUUAUGUAUACAACAAGCUCCAUAUUGGGUCCAUUACAGAUUUCAAUGGGACAGAUGUUACAAGAUUUUGGAAAAUUUCUUGGGAUGUUCCUUCUUGUUUUGUUUUCUUUCACAAUUGGACUGACACAACUGUAUGAUAAAGGCUAUACCCCAAAAGAACAGAAGGACUGUGUAGGCAUCUUCUGUGAGCAGCAAAGCAAUGAUACCUUCCAUUCGUUCAUUGGCACUUGCUUUGCUUUGUUCUGGUAUAUUUUCUCUUUAGCACACGUGGCAAUCUUUGUCACAAGAUUUAGUUAUGGAGAGGAAUUGCAGUCCUUUGUUGGAGCAGUUAUUGUUGGGACAUACAAUGUUGUGGUUGUGAUUGUGCUCACCAAGCUGCUGGUGGCAAUGCUUCAUAAGAGCUUCCAGCUGAUAGCAAAUCAUGAGGACAAGGAAUGGAAGUUUGCUCGAGCAAAGUUAUGGCUUAGCUACUUUGAUGACAAAUGUACAUUACCCCCACCUUUCAACAUCAUUCCUUCACCAAAGACUAUUUGCUAUAUGAUUAGUAGCCUCAGUAAGUGGAUUUGCUCUCAUACAUCAAAAGGCAAGGUUAAACGUCAGAACAGUUUAAAGGAAUGGAGAAAUCUGAAACAAAAGAGGGAUGAGAACUACCAAAAAGUGAUGUGCUGCUUGGUGCAUCGUUACCUGACGUCCAUGAGGCAGAAGAUGCAAAGUACAGAUCAGGCAACUGUGGAAAAUCUAAAUGAACUACGCCAAGAUCUGUCAAAAUUCCGAAAUGAAAUAAGGGAUUUACUUGGCUUUCGGACUUCUAAAUAUGCUAUGUUUUAUCCAAGAAAUUAACCAUUUUCUAAACCACGGAGAGAAUAAUUUUCAGUAAGAAAUCUGAAAGACUGCAUUUGCAUAAUUUGCGAUUAAAUCAAUAAGAUAUCUAUUGAAAUUAAAAUGAAGAAUUAUGUAAAAGCCAUUCUUUAAAAUAUUUAUAGCAAAAUAUAUUAUGUAAAAUAUGUAUAUAGAAUUAGUUUUUUAAAAUCCUGUUAGUAGCUUUUUCCUGGAGCAAAACAGAUUAAGUAGAUAGGUUUUGUUAGCAUGCUGCUUGGUUUUCUUACUUGAACAGUGCUUUAAAUUUUUUUCUUCUUAUGUUUAAGAAGGGCAGUUAUAAUUGUACACAUUGCCAGAGGUUUUGUAAAAUGAAGAUCAGCAGAUGUGGGCUGAUCUCAAUCCAUAGGACACACCUGAAAUGUAGUAAGUCAUGGUUUUAAAAAUCUCUGUUUUAGGAGUUCACAUGCAGUUCAGUAUUUAUU